AUGGGCAGGGCGACCCGAUGGCUGAGAAGCCUGUUAGGCGGGAAGAAGGACACCAAUGAGUCCAAGCACAAUUCGAACGCCGGUGCCGCCACCAGAGCUGGGGACAGAGUCAAAAAGCGGUGGAGCUUCGACAAGUCCGAGAGGGAACAAGGAGACGUCGCCCCGGUGGCGCAGGCGCCGAAAGAAGACUCUGCGUGGCUCCAGUCACUCUACUCGACGAACGAGAAGGAGCAGAGCAAGCACGCUAUCGCCGUUGCCGCCGCGACAGCCGCAGCGGCAGACGCGGCGGUGGCUGCCGCUCAGGCGGCGGUGGCAGUGGUGAGGCUAACAAACCAAGGAAGGGGUUCCGUGUUCCUCGGCGGCCGGGAGCGAUGGGCAGCCAUGAAGAUCCAGGCGCUCUUCAGAGGUUACCUGGUAGGCCCAGCUCACCCCUCUCUUCAAGAAUUCCUUCAUUCUUCUUCCCCGGAGCCUCAUACUGUCCAUGGAUUCCACUGCUUCCGACAAUUAUCACUGCUCGCUUCAACUUUCGUAGUUCGACUUUCUUACUCGGAAAUCUAAUUGAGAUACCCUUCCCGAUUUUGAAUUUUUCCUGCUUCUGCAAGAACUUUGAGAGCCCGUGGCAUCUUCUUUAUUUUGUUUCUGUGAGCCACUGUUUGAAAUGAACGAUUUCUGUCGUUUCCGUGAAGGCGAAGAAGGCUCUUCGGGCCCUCAAGGCUCUGGUGAAGUUACAGGCCCUCGUUCGGGGCUACCUCGUCCGCAAGCAAGCCGCCGCCACUCUCCAUUGCAUGCAAGCUCUCAUUAGAGCCCAGUCCACCGUCCGGAUGCAGAGGUCCCGCAACCUCCCCGUCCGCGACCCGUCGAGGUUGCAGGCGGAAGUCCGCCCGCGGAGAUCCCUGGUAAGGAACCGGAUGAGCUCCACCGGAACAUUCAAUGGCGGCCGCGUCUCCUGCGCUGACUCCUCCGCCGCCUUCCCCAUCUGCAGGAGCGCUUUGACGAAACGAGGAGCGAGUGCGCCGUCCCCACGCUGCACAGCCGGCGCCUGUCGGCGUCUCUCGAUCAGGCGAUCAAUGGCUUCGAGGGGAGCCCCAAGAUCGUGGAGAUCGACCCAGGGAGACCCAAGUCGAGGAACCGAAGGCCGAAUACCCCCCUGCCCGACGCCGGCGACGACUUCCUCCCGCACACCCCCCCGCUUCCCUGUCAACUCUCCUCUCGAAUCUCUUCCAUCCCGGAUUCGCGCAAGAACAACCCCUACGACUUCGACUGGUCCCUCACCGGAGACGAGUGCAGGUUUUCCACCGCCCAGAGCACCCCACGGUUCCUGAACUCCUGCGUGACGGCGACCGUGCCGAUGCCCUUGACGCCCGCGAAGAGCGUUUGUGGGGGCGACGGCAUCUUCCGAAGAUACCAGAACCUGUCGACCUUCCCCAACUACAUGGCCAAGACUCAAUCAUUCGAGGCGAAGGUAAGAUCGCAGAGCGCCCCGAAGCAACGCCCUGAGCCCCCAGGCCCGAAGAGACUGCCCCUGAACGAGAUGACGGAGCCGAGGGCCAGCCUGAGCAGCGUUCGGAUUCACCGGUCAUGCUCCCAGGUCCAGGAAGCUUUCAACUUCAAGAACGCCGUCGUCGGCAGGCUCGACCGAUCCGCCGACCUCUGCAGGGAAAUUGAGAGAGAGUACUAUCUGCAGAGAAGGUGGUGA